AGCCGGCCUGGCGCUCAGGAUUCUGUCAGCAGGCGCUGCCUCAGUCGGCGAAGGCGUGAGUUUGAAGUAGAGCCAUGGCUGAGGCGCAGGAUCCGAGCUCCUUCGCUGUCCCGGAUGCCUGCCGCAUCCACCACCUCCACCUGCGCUGCCGCGUAGACUUCGGGAGCCGGUCGCUGAGGGGCACCGCGGCCCUCACCGUGAGGUCGGAACGCGACCAGCUGCGUUGCCUGGUCUUGGACACAAAGGAUUUAACAAUACAGAAUGUAGUUGUUAAUGGUCAGAAGGCUCAAUUUGCUCUUGGACAACGUCAUAGCUUUAAAGGAGCACCACUGCAAAUCACUCUACCUUUUGAAGUAGGGAAGGGGCAAGAUGUGAUUGUGGAGAUCUCUUUUGAAACCUCUCCAAAGUCUUCUGCUCUCCAGUGGUUUACUCCAGAACAGACAUCAGGAAAAAAACAUCCAUUCCUCUUCAGUCAAUGUCAGGCUCAUCACUGCAGGGCUGUUCUUCCCUGCCAGGAUACUCCUUCUGUGAAGCUAACCUACUAUGCAGAGGUAUCUGUUCCAAAUGAACUGGUGGCUCUUAUGAGUGCUAAGAGAGAUGGAGACUUGCCUGACCCAGAAGACAGCACUCGGAAGAUUUAUCGUUUCAUUCAGAAUGUUCCAAUACCCUCCUAUCUGAUUGCUUUAGUUGUUGGGGCUUUGGAAAGUAGAGAGAUUGGCCCCAGAACUUUGGUGUGGGCUGAAAAGGAGCUGGUAGACAAAUCAGCUCAUGAAUUUGCAGAGGCUGAAGCUAUGUUGAAAACAGCAGAAGACCUGGCAGGACCUUAUGUAUGGGGUCAAUAUGACUUGCUGGUGUUGCCACCAUCAUUUCCAUAUGGUGGUAUGGAAAACCCUUGCCUCACUUUUGUAACACCAACAUUACUGGCUGGUGACAGAUCAUUAUCCAAUGUCAUUGCACAUGAAAUUUCUCAUAGCUGGACUGGGAAUUUGGUAACAAACAAAACUUGGGAGCACUUUUGGCUAAAUGAGGGUCACACAGUUUAUUUGGAACGCAGGAUUGGUGGCCGGCUCUUUGGUGAACAGUUCAGACAUUUCCAGGCACUGGGUGGCUGGAGAGAAUUGCAAAAUACUAUCAAAACGCUUGGAAGUACAAAUCCUGUCACGAAACUGAUCCCUUGUCUAAAAGAAGUAGACCCUGAUGUUGCAUAUUCUUCUGUUCCAUAUGAGAAGGGCUUUGCUUUACUACUUUAUCUUGAACAGCUUCUUGGUGGACCAGAUGUCUUUAUCGGCUUCUUGAGGGCAUACAUCCAGCAAUUUGCAUACAAGAGUAUAAGGACUGAGGACUGGAAGAAUUUCCUGUACACAUAUUUCAAGGACAAGGUUGAUAUUCUUGACAAAGUUGAUUGGAAUGCCUGGAUGAACACUCCUGGUAUGCCACCAGAAAAACCAAAGUAUGAUACAACACUAUCAAAUGCUUGUGUUGCCUUGAGCCAAAGAUGGAUCAAAGCAACUGAGAGUAAUCUUAACUCCUUCAGUUCAGCUGAUAUAAGAGAGAUGUCUUCACAUCAGCAUAUUGAAUUCCUUGCACUAUUGCUGCUGGAGAACCCGCUUCCAGUAAGUCAUGUAAAACAAAUGCAAGAGGUAUAUAACUUCAAUGCUGUGAACAAUUCUGAAAUUAGAUUCAGAUGGCUGCGCCUCUGCCUUCAAGCCCAAUGGGAAGAUGCCAUUCCUCUUGCACUAAAGAUGGCUACGGAACAAGGCAGAAUGAAGUUCACUCGUCCCUUGUUUAAAGACCUCUAUAAAUCUGAGAAAUCUCGCGAACAAGCCAUCAGCGCUUUCCAGCAGCACAAAGCCUCCAUGCAUCCUGUGACUGCAAUGUUGGUAGCCAAAGACCUGGGACUGGAUGGACAAACUUUGCGGACUUAAGGAUAAAGGAGUCCAUAAGAGGCUAAUUUCACUUUCUCUGUUCCCCACAUGUCCCUUCCUUCCCCUUCCCCAAAAUGAUGGCAACUUGCAUGUUUGAUUACUAACCUAGCUUUCUAUUCUGUACCUGAAACAAUCAAGCUUUUUCUAGAUUUUCAUGCUGGCAUUCUGGAAUAAAAACAGCAUGCUCAUAUAUAAUUCUGUAAAGCUAAUAAAACUUCUUAUGCUAUAUUUUCAUACAUUACUUAUCACUGAACCACAGCAAGAGUUGGCAAUGUUUUGCUACCUGUACUGCUUUGAGGAAAUAAAUCUUUUUAUGUUAAAUCAA